AUGUUUGAUUCCUUCUUUUCGUCUUGUAUUUCCCUUACUUUUUUGUUCCUUCAUUUCUUUUUCUUCUUUCUCUCCUUUUUUUAUAUUGUAUCCCAUUUUCUUUUUCUUUUUCUUCCUGUACGUCUUGUUACAUAUUUAAUUCCUUCUUUUUUCUUCUUCUUGAUGCUCUUAUUUGUUUCCCCUCCUCCUCUUCCUCCCCUUCUUCUUCUUCUUCUUCUUCUAAUAUCCUGUUAUCUAUUUCUCUCUUGUUCAUCACCACCACCACCAUCUUCAUCAUCACCAUCAUCAUCAUCACAACCAAAACAUUUGUCUUUCGACCACAUCAUAAGUCAACUCUAUUUUUUCCUUACGUUUUCUUUCUUUCCUUCCUUCUUUUUUUUCUUUCUUUCUUUCUUUUUUUUCUUUACUUCCCCUUCUUCUUUCUCUGCUCCUCUUCAUUACUUUUACACCCGUAUCUAUCUCUCCCUCUAA